ACGCUUCGUUGUUGUGGGACCACACGACGUAUGGCAACAUGGCGAAUACGCAACGUGCACUUGAAACAUGUAUUAUUUAUGCUCGCUCGAAGUCAAUUAAAAACAUCAACAUUGCGCAUCGCAGCACAAGAUAAUUGAAAAUCGCCAACCAAUACCAAUACACUUAAUUAGUCAAUUCGCUGCUUGUCUCUGACCUUCCCCCCAUCCACGAAAAAUGUCCGAGUUUCGGUUUUUCUCGUACAGCGAUUUUGCAUUCAGAACGAAAGGGUCGCCGAAUCUGAUAAGUCUGCCAAUAACACAGUAUAAUGCUGCUGCCAAUACGAAAGUACAGGAGGAGUCGGAUAUUGAGUUGAACAUUCCAUACACCGUCUUUGAGGUGCUCGUCGCCAUCUUCAGCAUCAUUGGCAACCUGAUGGUCAUCAUUGUGUUCCGACGUGAACGUAAACUGCGACGUCGCACCAACUACUACAUUGUCUCACUGGCAAUGGCCGACUUUCUGGUCGGAUCGUUGGGGGUACCGUUUGCCAUAUUGGCAUCCAUUGGAUUGCCCAGGAAUCUGCAUGCCUGCCUCUUCACCGUCUCGCUGCUGGUGGUGCUCUGCACCAUUUCAAUAUUCUGCCUGGUUGCCGUCUCCGUGGAUCGCUACUGGGCCAUCCUCUAUCCCAUGGCCUAUUCCCGCAAUGUGCGAACUCGCACAGCCAUCGUCAUCAUCUCGGUGUGUUGGGUGGCUGGAACCAUUGUGGGUUUUCUGCCGCUCUUUGGCUGGCAUGCGGACGUGGCCCAUGAUCAGGAGUGUCUCUUUGUCGAAGUGAUGGACUACAAUUAUCUGGUGUUUCUCUACUUUGCCACCAUCAUCACCCCGGCACUGCUCAUGUUGGCCUUCUACACGCACAUCUAUCGUGUGAUUAUCAAGCAGGUGCGACAGAUUGUUACCAUGAAUCCCGCCUCGGAUUUGAGUCGUCGCUCCUCCACCGCCCAGAUGCAGGUGACGACACCGGGUCGACCGGGACACACGGGCACCAUGUUGCGUGUGUUGGGGGCAGCACGUAAGCGGGAUGUGAAGGCGACACAGAAUCUCUCAAUCAUAGUGCUGUUCUUCAUGAUCUGCUGGAUACCACUCUACACGAUCAACUGCAUCAAGGCCUUCUGUCCGGACUGCUAUGUGCAUCCCAAGUUGACGCUCUUCUGCAUCAUCUUGUCGCAUCUCAAUUCGGCGGUGAAUCCUGUGCUUUACGCCUAUCACCUGAAGGACUUUCGCUUGGCGCUGAAGAACUUGAUGCUGAAGAUGAUGGGCGUGGACAUUGAUCAGCAGGCGGAGGCCAUACACCGCUUCUCCGUGGCCAGUCAGCAUCGUCUGCAGUCGAUGGACUCCAAUAUGCGCUCCACGCAGCCGCGCAUGUAUGUGGAUUCUCCCAUUUGGCUCCGGCAGCAGCAGGAGGCGCUGAAGAACUCCCAGCUGCUGCCCAAGUGUGGCGUCCUCAGUCCCUGUGUGAACAACAUCAAUCAAACUGUCGCCGCUGCCGUCGCCGUCAGCACGAACAUUGAGCGGGACAUGUGGAACAUUAUGGAGGCCUCCAGUGCGGCUGAGGUCGGCGAGGUUAGCUACGAGUUUCCCAGCGCCAAGCAGGAGAGUGACCACGACAGCAGCGUCUCAGUCUCAGUGCCAGCAACAGCGCAGUCGCCACAACAGCAACAACAACAACAACGUUGUGAUAGCGCCUAUUCCUACGAUAACCAUAACUACUCGACAGGACCGGAGGAUGGCAUCAGUCUGCCGGAGGACAUCGAGUACGAGGAUGUCUUUGUGGCGCCCAACAGCAACAGCAACAACUACCAAGGCGUUGAUCCCGUCGAGCUGCGUCGCUCCCUGGCCUGUGUCAUGCGCGAGAAACUGCGCUCCGAUGACACCGACUAUUACAGCCAACAGCCGGUGAUCCAGGACAGCGAGCUGUCCUCGGAGCGGGAGCUGGAACUGCAGCGGGAAGGGGAGCCCAGUUCCACACACACCUCGCCCAGCAACGGCACAUUGCCGCAUCAGCUGCGUUCCAAGCUGCUCGUCGGCAACUCAAACAGCGAUCACUGCCUGCCCCCGCCCCCGCCCCGCCCCGCCAUACACAGGGCCACCAACGCCGUCUAUGUCAUCGAUGGAGCAACGAAUCCCCUUACGCCAGGCCACAAGCCCAAGUAUCGCAAGUCGACGGCGCUGACGAGAAACUCACGCAAGAAGAGUCGUUCCUGCUCCUGCAACGGUGAACAGAAGCCGACGAGUCCAGUUGAGGCUUGCUCCAGCGACCAGCAUAACAAUAAUCUCAGAGUUAGGCACUCGGAGCAGCCGGUGCAGAGCCAUGAACAUUUCUUUAGUCCAUUGAAAUCGGUGGGCAGCUUCAUGCAGCAUUCCAAUCUCUUCAAUCUAUUCCAGCCAAAUGCCACAACGCCUAUGGAGCCCAAGGCAACUGUGGAACCAGCUUCUGCUCGUCCUCCUGGGCCGACAAUGGCGACAUUAGCGCCACCUUCUCGACUGACCAUCAAUGCAUUGGCCUCGACCUCAGCCUCGUCCUCGUCAUCCCUAGUCGCUGUCAGCGAUGACAGUUGACCUCGGGUUGACCCCAAUGAUCCUACUAAUUCAGCUUCCAAUCCCACCCCUCCUCCCUCCCCGCAAGCGGCAGGCAAACUCUAGAAAAAUACUCGCAAGUCAAAGCUUUUAUUUUUUAAGUUCAUCCGAGUUAUUGAUCAAUGUAUCACACAACUGGAAACUUAAGAUCACUGCGAUCUAGAUGGAAUUCCAGUUGAUAUUAAAGAAUUAUGCGCAUUUAUUUUCCAUUUAACUACAUUGAAAUAGUUAAUUGUUUUAACUGAAACCUAAUGUUAAACCUAAAGUGAAUUUAAGCAAAUUAAUGUAUUUUGUGCAUACUCGUAUUUAAAAAAACAAAAAACAAACAAACAUAUGAAUGUAUGUAUGUGGAUCGCUUAGAACUUUUUGGGUGUCUUAUGAUAAUCCUACAUAUGCAUGUGUAUUUAUCGGAGUAUACUUGGAACGUCUGUGAAAACCAAAAUAUGUUUAUGUAAAUGUGUAGUUUAAAUGUAUAG